AUGGCUGUCCUACUUGGUAAUGUAAGUGGAAAUGAGAAGAUUUACUCAGACAACAUCACUCGCAUUUUGGAUCGACUUUUGGAUGGUUAUGACAACAGACUGCGACCUGGAUCUGGAGGUGGUGUUACAGAGGUGAAAACAGACAUCUUUGUCACCAGCUUUGGACCAGUUUCAGAUGUUGAGAUGGAGUACACUAUGGACAUGUUCUUCCGUCAAAUGUGGGUUGAUGAGCGUCUUAAGUUCGAGGGACCCACUGAAAUCCUGCGGCUGAACAACCUUAUGGUGGACAAGAUCUGGACACCAGAUACUUUCUUCAGAAACUCCAAGAAGUCCAUUUCCCAUAAUAUGACCACACCCAACAAGCUCUUCCGCAUCAUGCAGAAUGGGACUGUCCUCUACACUAUGAGACUGACAAUCAGUGCAGAAUGUCCCAUGAGGUUGAUAGACUUCCCCAUGGAUGGCCAUGCCUGUCCUCUCAGGUUUGGAAGCUAUGCCUACACAAGCAAUGAAAUUAUGUUCACCUGGAGGAAGGGGCCGAUAGCAUCUGUUGAUUGUCCCAAGGAGUCCAUGAGUCUUCUGCAGUAUGAUCUGGUGGGACAGACUUUGUCCAGUGAGAUAUUCAAAUCAAAUACAGGUCACUACUCUGUGCAGGUGGUCCAUUUCCUCCUCCAGAGGAAGCUCGGCUACUACCUCAUACAGACCUACAUCCCCCUCAUAAUGGUUGUUGUGUUGUCACAAGUCUCUUUUUGGAUUAACAAAGAGUCUGUUCCUGCACGUACAGUUGCUGGCAUCACCACAGUGCUGACAAUGACCACUUUGAGCAUCAGCGCCCGUCAGUCACUUCCCAAAGUGGCCUAUGCCACUGCCAUGGAUUGGUUCAUUGCUGUAUGCUUUGCCUUUGUGGCGUCGGCUCUCAUUGAGUUUGCAGCAGUAAACUACUUUGCCACCCUCCAGGCCAACCGUCUGAAGAAACAAAGAGCCAGACAAGACAAGCUUGAGGUGUUGGCUACCGGCAGCGACGAUGAGCCCCCCUCCCACCAGUCGGACAGCAGCCCUCGGGAAGGCCUGAAGAGGAGAAACCACUCAGUGUGCCGCAGUGAGCCAGGAGAUGCUCCGCCACUGCCGAUCUUCCUCCAGCAGGGCUCAGCUUUUCCUCAAAUCCCACAGCUGGCCGGCACCAGCCCCAUCGACAUGUAUGCCCGUGUCCUCUUCCCCCUGGCCUUCGCCCUCUUCAACCUCAUCUACUGGUACAUCUACCUCGCCAAGGACACCAUGGAGAGGGCCAGGGACGUGGAUCUUGAAAACUAA